ACAAUGUGUGACAGUCAGUGCCAUACACAGCACAGGACGGGAGUGAGAGUGUUUCUGGAGCAGGGGUGAUGAGAGAGAGGAAGCAGCAUCUCCAGGCUAAAACCAGCAAUGAUCAGCACUUCUUUAAUUAGACAUAUGCAUGUGUGAAAAGACUGGAGCUGUGGAGCAUCUCUACAGAAGGAUCAAACUUUGGACUGGAAAACCUACUGUUUACUUUUUGGGACAAACAUAACGAUAAAAGCUGGGCUACCUCAGGUUUGGGCUGAUGUAAGGAACAUGUCGUAUCGCAAAAGAAGCUUUGUCAAAUCAUACGUUGGGUUCACCUGUUUGGUCUGAACUGUACCAAACAGAGAGGAUUAUGGACUCGGGACAUCCAGACAUGAAGAUGUCUGAAAAACAAAUGGAGGAAGUUGUGAAAGAAUAAUGGCCGACAAGACUGCUCCCAUGAUAUCCUCCCUGUCAAAUCAGGCAAUUCCAAAUCUCACCACUGCCCUAUGGGAGCCCAAUCCUACUGUGCCUGCGGAAGUGAACGUUGUCACAGGCUCCCAGUCACAGAUCAAAGAUCUUUUUGGGUUGUUCUGCAUGGUGACCCUUAACCUCAUCGCCUUGUUGGCCAACACCGGUGUGAUGGUGGCCAUUGCUCGUGCACCUCACCUCAAGAGGUUUGCCUUUGUGUGUCAUCUCUGCGCAGUGGACCUGCUGUGUGCCAUCCUCCUCAUGCCUUUGGGGAUCAUAUCCAGCUCACCGUUCUUUGGCACUGUGGUGUUUACCGUUCUGGAGUGUCAGGUUUACAUCUUUCUCAAUGUUUUCCUCAUCUGUCUGUCCAUCCUCACCAUCACAGCCAUUAGUGUGGAGCGCUACUUCUAUAUUGUACACCCUAUGCGCUACGAAGUCAAGAUGACCAUCAACCUUGCUGUUGGUGUUAUGAUCCUAAUCUGGGUUAAGUCAGUCCUUUUGGCUUUGGUCACGCUGUUCGGGUGGCCGGCUUAUGGACAUCAGAGCUCCAUCGCUGCAGGUCACUGUUCUCUCCACGCGAGCCACAGUCGUCUGAGAAGAGUAUUUGCUGUCCUCUUCAGUAUGGUUUGUUUCCUGGUCCCUGCAGUGGUUAUCUUUGCUGUUUACUGUGCUGUGUACAAGGUAGCGCGUUCUGCAGCCCUGCAGCAAGUCCCCGCUGUGCCAACAUGGGCAAAUGCGAACCCUGCCAAGGAUCGCUCGGACUCCAUCAACAGCCAGACCACCAUGAUCACCACCACCCGCACUCUGCCCCAAAGGUUAUCUCCAGAGAGGGCCUUCAGUGGAGGCAAGGCUGCUCUCACUUUGGUAUUCAUUGUGGGCCAGUUCCUGGUUUGUUGGUUACCCUACUUUAUUUUCCACCUGCAAAUGUCUCUGACUGACUCCAUGCAGAGCCCCGGGGACUUGGAAGAGGCAGUCACCUGGCUCGCUUAUUCCUCCUUUGCAGUCAACCCAUUCUUCUAUGGCCUGUUGAACAGACAGAUCAGAGAGGAGCUGGUGAAGUUUCGACGCUGCUGCCUGACUCAGCCUGUGGAGUUUGGGGCAUCGAGCCACGAGGGCUCUCUCCAGGAGAACUUCCUCCAGUUCAUCCAGAGAACCAGUAGCACAGCUGAAACCCUGUCCAGCUGUACCAACCCCAGUCCGAGAAACACUGUAAAUCAGGGGAUAAAGAUUCCUGGACAAAUACCCGAGGAACAUGCCUGAACAUUGACCAGAAUGAGCUAUGGACUAUAGCGGUAAUAAAUAUGCCAUGCCAAUUUUUUUUUUAUGAUUGUGCACCAUUUUUUUCUUUAUGGAAAUGUUCACAUUUUGAGUCUUGCCUUAAAGAAUACUGACAUGCCCAUAUUUAUAUUGAAAGGAUUAUUCAUGUCUGUAAUUGUUCGUCUUGUGCCAAACGACCAUAAAGAGGUCCCUUCUUUAAAGCAAUAAGUGUUGACUUAUACUGUACAUUGGAAGUACCCCAGGAAGAUAUGGAACAGAGACCAAUGAUCCUUAACGUGUACAUGUCAGUUUUGUUUUAAGAUGUAUCUGAAAAAAUAUUAACCUGUCAUUAAGAUAAAUGUUAAAUGUCCAGUGCCUUUUACAAUUUAAUUCAUGUAGUUUUUUUUUCUCAAUACAGGAAAGGUACUGUGGCUGUACAGUAACAUGAAAUAUUGAUUGAGUGAUAAAUGUUCCCAAUAUGUAAUUUAACAAUAUAUCACAGUUGGUCUAGUUUAAUGGUGUUUUUAGAAAUGUUUUAUAUGUUUGUAAAUAUGUAAAUCUGGAGUUUUACUACAGUAACUGAAGGGAUAACAAUUUAAGUUGAGAAACGUUCACUCAAGGCAACGUUCACACUGUUGCCUUGAUGUGAAGGAUGCAAUGUCAUCAGACAGCAUUUUUCCAGUGUUAGUUGGGCACAAUUGGGCAGCGCUCCUAAAACAGACACAUGCUUACUACAGAGCGCUUGUUUUUCUUUUGCCUUUCAACACCAGUAUGAUUAUUUUACAAAUUCCCAUUUUCCCAAAUUCCCAUAUUCCCAAACUUGACCUUACAUGUGACCUCAUAGUAGUCGUCCAGCCAGGACCAGCGUCGCUGUGCAUCUUUGACUGUUGUCCUCUUCUGCGCCCUUCAAGUGGCAUUAACCAAAACACACAGACCGGAACUGUUACAAAGCUCAUUUAUUGAUUUAAAUACGAAACAGUUCUUUAUACCAUA